AUGGAGGACUGCCUUCACACCUCCUCUGAAAACCUGUCCAAGCUGGUCAGCUGGGCCCACAGCCACGGCACCAUCUGCAGCCUGAUCCCCAACCUGAAGCACCUGCUGUCCGAGGGGGCCCACGGCAACCUGACGGCCAUGUGGGGCUGCAGCGCUGGCCAUGCCUACCACUGGCCCCUGGCUGCCACUUGCCGGGCGGGCUCCCAGGAGCGCGUCUGCUUCCAGGACAGCCGCAGCUUCAACUCGGACAGCCCCAGCAUGCUGGGGGUGCCCUCGGAGGCGCAGGCCAGCCCCUUGGAGCGCUACCCGGGCCGCUCGGGGAAGGCCAAGCUGGACUGCACCCGCACCCGCGACUCCUGCGACUUCUCCUGCUGCAGCGAGCCCUCAGAGCUGGGCGAGCCCGUGGAGGAGUACGAGGACGAGGCCACCCUCUUCGACAUGGUCUGCGAGUCCUCUGUCACUGACGAGGACAGCGACUUCGAGCCGCACCCCCACCGGGCCCCCGCCGGGCCCCGCAAGCGGCCCGCGGCCGGCUCGCCCGCGGCCGCCCAGGCCCAGCCCGCCGACGAGGGCGGCAGCGAGGUGCUCCUCAAGAAGAUCAAGCAGGAGCUCCCCGAGGACUACUACAUCGUAGCCAACGCGGAGCUGACGGCGGGCGCCGACGGGCCGGCCCUGGCCCUGACACAGCUGCCCAAGCCCAAGGCACAGGCGCAGGCCGGGCCCUGCUGCCCGGGCCCCGCCAGGCCGCUGCCCCAGCCCGCGGCGGGCCCGGAGCCCGAGCUGUCCCGCUGCCCCGCCUCGCCGCCCGGCCCGGCCCGCCUGCCCGCGCAGCGCCCGCCCCGCGCCGCCCUGGCCUCCCCGCUGCGGGGAGCGGGCCCCGGGGCGCUGCAGGUGCCUGCCACCAGCUCCAACGGCACUCCCGGCAAGCCCAUCAGCAUCCCCCUCUCUGCCCUGCAGCUGCCCGGGCAGGAGGAGCCGCUGGCCGCCGAGGAGACCCUCCUGCCUGCCCCGCCGCUGGCCCUGGGCGGCGAGGCGGCUGGCUCCCCCCCGGUGAGUGCGGAGCCCGAGGUCAGCUCCAGCCAGCAGCAGCCCCCCGCCGCCGCCCCCGAGGCUGUGGCGCAGCCCAUGCCAGAGCAGGAUGAGCGAGCAGCAGAGCUCAGCAGGGAGCAGAACGAGAAGACCAUUCGCAGCACGCAGACAGCUCUCCGCAAUUUCCGAGAGUUCCUCAUCUCCAAGUACCCCUCUGAGACCCGGGAGAUCUACGUCAUCCCCUGCAAAGAGCUUGAUGCCUACCUUGCUUCCUUCUUUGUGGAUGCCAGGCAAAAGGAUGGGUCUGAAUACGAGCCAAACAGUCUAGCCAACUAUCAGUGUGGGCUGGAGCGGUAUCUCAAAGAGCACAGGUACGGAUACAGUAUCACAAGAGAUAAGGAGUUCAAGAGAUCCCAGGAAGCUCUCAAGCAAAAGCAAAUUGAGCUGAGGUGUAAAGGAAAGGGAAACAAGCCACACAAAUCCAUGAAGCUCACCUUUGCUGAUGAGCUUAUCCUCCGCAAAAGAGGCUUGUUGAGCCGAUACAACCCUGAAGGGCUGCUGAACCUUGUCUGGCUGAAUAACACGAAGGCCUUUGGACACUGCACGGGCUUCCACGGUUCCACCCUCAAGUGGGGAGACAUUCGGCUGCGGGUGACAGAGACUGGGUUGGAGUAUCUGGAGUGGAUGGGGCCAGACAAUGGGGACGUCAAUGCCAAGAGCAAGCGAGGCGGGACGGACUCGCGGGUGUACGCCACGCAGCACUCCCCGCAGACCUGCCCCGUGCAGGACUACAAGGAGUAUGCCCAGAGGCGGCCGCCAGCCAUGCGCUACGAGGACGCGCCUUUCUACCUCUCCAUCAAACCUGUCGUCAACUUGGCCGCGCUUCACUGGUACAAUUGCCAAGCCCUGGGGAAAAACAAGCUUGCCAAGAUGGUAAAGACUAUGUGCGAGAAAGGCAACAUCCCCGGCCGGAAGACCAACUUCAGUGUCUACCAGAGCUGUAGCACCCUCUCCGAAGCGCAGAGCAACCAACUGGUGCUGAUCUGCAAUAACUUGAGCCAGCAGGCUGCCCAGUCCAUGGCCAGCCACUCCAAUACCAGCAACUUCAUUGUGUCAGCAUCGUACGACUCCUCCUCUGACACGGCUUGAAGGAGGGGCAUCAGCUGAACACUUCUUUCUUUUCCUUUUCGUUUCACAUGCUGAAUUUGUGCCCAACAAAACACAUGGACUAUGAUUGUACACUACUCCCCCAUAGCCCUCUCUCCAGUCUUAAUUCACUUUAUAAAAAUAUAGAAAUACAUAAUAUAUUUUUCUUUUUACAAAUAAGUCAAUAGAAAUAGUUUAGUAUUACUAACAUAGUAUUUACAGUGUUAAUACAAAAACAAAAGGUACUUAGGGGUUAUAAUGCAGAUUUUAAAAGGACAAAAGUGGUUCUCAGGCAACACAAGACAGACGGGAAAUCCCGUUUCUGACAUGCACACAUCGGUGUGAAUCCCAAGGGAGGCUUACGUAGCAAUUCUGUUUUAAAGCAUUUUUCAACCUCUUUUAACAUGACCUCCCGGAGUGGAGGAGACAAACAUAUCACUGGCUGCUGCUUCUUACCUGCUGGCUUAUUCUUGAUCAG